GAAGCGGAGCGGAGAGCAAGAGCGAAAGAGCAUGGUCCACCUUAGUAGAAAAACACCGGUCUGGAAGUAAACGUCACUGAGCACAUGGCUGAUGACGUCACAGAAGUAGGUACAAUUCACAGCCAUUGCAUGGGGUGUUGCCAUUUUUUCUUUUUUUUUUUCGCCGGAAUAUCUCGGUCUAUAUUGACUUAAGAUUGAGCUGAAGCCGCACACGAGGAUUUCCGUUGAUUCUCUAGCCUCUGACCUUUAUGAAACUAAUAUAGAAGAACCACUAAGAUACAAAGUGAUAAUAAUAAUUGUUACUGGGGUUCUGUCACGUGAUUGAGACAAUUAUUUUAGCAGAAUGGUUUGUAGUACUUUUAGCAGUAGUUACGGUAAAUACUGAUAAUUACUCAUCCUUCACUGAAUGUUAUAAAUGGCUGGCCAUGAUAGCUUCUUACUGAUAUCCAUUUUUACAUUUUCAUAUUUAUCAUCAGUGUAAAAAUUAAAGACAAAUUGUAUUUCGCAAGAAGUGAACUGGAAAAGCAGACACGAUACGUGGAAAUUCACGCCGCCGUGGUGGGAUAUCCCGACUGGCAAGGUGAAGUUGGGAAGGGGAGGGAGACGGCUGCCAGUUCCUGUAUAUAAGCGACGUUGCAUCUCCUCUCCACAUUACGCCGCUAAACUCUAUCCAACAAUGAAUAGCAUGAGAGCCGUGAUUGUGUGUUGCCUCGUGGUAGCCGUCUCCGCCGGUGUAGACCGAAGUAGAGGUGGACAAGGAUCUAACAGAUUCCUUCCUGGAGGGUUGGCUGGCGUCCACGGAGGCGGUGUGUUUGGCGGCGGUAUUCAUGGUGGAAUCCAAGGUGGAAGUGGUAUUAUCGGCGGUGGAAUCUCCAAUGGCCCAAGUGAAUGCAGAUAUUGGUGCAAGACUCCGGAAGGUCAAGCCUACUGCUGCGAGACGGUGCAUGAACCAGAAACACCUGUUGGUACCAAACCACUGGACUGCCCACAAAUUCGUCCCACAUGCCCACGUUUCCAUGGGCCCCCCACAACCUGUUCCAACGACUACAAGUGUGCUGGCCUCGAUAAGUGUUGCUUUGACAGGUGUUUGGGAGAACACGUGUGCAAGCCUCCCUCAUUUUUCAAUAACCAUCUCCCAUUUUAAACCUUGUUAUGUCCAAUGGAUAAUCAGCAGUUUUUCUGAUGAUAGCAAAAGUAAUUUAUAAAUAUAUAUUUUAAUAAAUCCGUAUAUGUUUAUAG